ACCCAACUCCCGCAUCAUUCAAAGGAUGUAUGACCAUGACCCUCGUCACUUUAACGGCCGACUGGUGACCUUGUCCACCCAAUCCUCAAACUUGAGCUUGAACACGGGCUCAUUUCCUGGGCCUGACAUUCAGCAUAAGAUCCUUCUUUCUGCUUAUGUGGGAAUGUCAUUGGCUGGGAGUACCACUGUGAUCCGUUUGGCUUUGCGAGUGAGAAAGCUUUGGUGGGACGAUGUCUUGGCCCUUCUGGCCCUUAUAUCCCUUAUCAUAACAGCUGUUGCGGGGAAAACAUACUAUGGAAUUACCGAUGCCAGUACAAUACCUCAACACUCGCGUGUCGCAUUAUAUUAUAUCUUCGCGGUCACUUUCGAUACGACGGUGUGGGCAUCCCGUCUCUCGAUCCUUUUGACCAUCAUUCGCUUGGGUUCAUUCCAAAGACGACUUUACACUGCCGCUGUGUGCUUCACACUCGCUUGUCUUAUCCUUGUGGCACAGGUAUUCUGGGUUUGCGAGCCUCAAGAUCAGCUUAAUCAUUGGAAGGUGGACCCAGUUCCGCAGUGUGUUCUCGGGCGGAGCGUUGCAAUCACGCAAGUUACUAGUAUGUACUCUCAUAUCUAAUUAUCACGUACAUAUAGGUAAUCACUGAACCCCUCUACUUCGUUACAAACCUUUCAUUUGCCUCGUUCUUU